AAGUUCGAACGUAUUUAUUUUCCCGUCGGUGAAGACGACAUCACAGACAGAGAAACGAAAAGAUGUCGUUCCUCCAGGUUGAGGUCAUCUCUCACACGAGAAAAGUGUGUUCUUUGUACAAGAGAGCUCUCAGAAACGUUGAGGCAUGGUAUGAUAGGAGGCCCAUGUACCGCUAUAGAGCUGUGCUGUUACGAGCAAGGUUUGAUGAAAACAGGGAUGUCAAAGACUUGAGAGUUGCUCAACAAUUGUUAGAGGAAGGAGAAAAAGAACUUUUUAGUCUUAUUCACUAUCAACCCAAAAAGUUUACUUUAUCACCGGGAGGCGUAGCGUUUGACCGUGAAGUUUUACCACCAGACUGGGUUCUGGAUUACUGGCAUCCAAUGGAAAAAGCUGCCUAUCCAGAAUACUUUGCACGUCGUGAACAACGUAAAAAGGAAUAUGUAGAAUGGUGGGAAAAAACUUAUGGCAAGCCAACAGAAGCUGCACAUUGAUGGCAAAUGUUUCAUUAAUGGUUUUGGAUAUUUUACUUUAUUUUGUAAAUAACCACCUAUUUAGAACACUUAUGUUUAAUGUAUAUGAAAAACUGCAAUCAUAUUCUGUAUGAGUUAUUUAAAAUAUAAUGGAAUUUAAAUUGA